AUGAGUCAGCCGAUUGAAUUCUUCUCUCACAAGCAGGGUCCGAACCCUUGGAAGACUGUGCUGAUCUUUGAGGAACUCGACAUUCCGUACAAAACAACUUAUCUCGACUUUGGAAGCUCAAAGGGCGGUGUAGAACACGAGGAGUUCCUUCAAAAAAACCCGGCUGGUCGAGUACCGCUUAUUAUUGAUCCGAAAACUGGCCUCGCUCUAACUGAAUCAAACGCAAUUGACCAGUAUUUGGCUGACCGCUACGAUAAGAAAAAGAUGUUUGCAGUGAAAAAUGAAUUGGACGAAUAUCGCGUGAAUCAGUGGCUAGGUUUCCAGUCCAGCACACAAGCUCCAUUCGGUGCUCAGGCUAUCCAACUACGCAACAAAAACAAUAUUGAAGGAGCAGCCCAUUUCCAUGGGCUAGUGAAACGCACGCUGCGAACUCUAGACGAGGAGCUAAAAGACAAGAACUAUCUUGUUGCCAACAAGGUUACUUUAGCCGAUCUUGCUUUCGUACCUUGGGACUUGAUCUUGGAUGUCGUCUUGCAAGGAGAUAAGGAAGCUGGAACAGCUGAUCAAAGAAAGAAGCUGUUUCCGAACUGGUAUAACUGGCAUUCGAGAAUGCUAGAGCGGCCAGCUGUGCAAAGGAUGAUCGCAACACAGAGAACCGUCAACGCUGCAGCGAAUUGA